CUGCUCCAGAGGGAUCGAGAACAAGAUAUCGCAUUCACUUGCGAGCCCGCGGCAAGAAUAGAGUGCGGAGAACGAGUCAUCCGAAAACAAGCAGCUGCAGAGAGAGCGAGAUGAACACGAUGACCGCGAAAAUAGAGACGAUGGAUGAGGAGCAGUCAAACAUGCUGCGAAGGGCAUUUUCGAUGUUCGACUCGGGGAAGUCGGGCCACAUCGAGAAGGAAAAGGUUCGCACAAUUCUGAACACACUCGGCCACACCUUCGACGACCUGGAGCUCAACGCUCUUCUGGAAGAACAGGACAAAGAAGGCAUCGGCAAACUGAACUUCGACUCGUUUUGCCGCGUUGCGGUCCAUUUCCUGGAGGAGGACGACGAGGUGAUGCAAAAGGAGCUCAAGGAGGCUUUCCGCCUCUACGACAAAGAAGGUCACGGCUACAUCCCGACGUCGAGCCUCCGGGAAAUUCUCGCAGCCCUUGACGACCAACUCACCCCCGACCAACUUGACGAGAUGAUUGCCGAAAUUGACACUGACGGCUCCGGGACUGUCGACUUUGAUGAGUUCAUGGAAAUGAUGACUGGAGAUUAACGAGCGUAAUUAUGCGACGGGUAAAGAUGGGCGAUGGAAUUAUAGAGAGCUAUCUAUAUGCAAUGAGAACGUGUUGAUAGAUGCACGAGAAUAAAUCAGUCACACCGUACACGAGCGAAAUCA